AUGAUUUCGUCAGAAACCACUCCAGAAAGCAACAUCGUUCUUGCUGUGAUUGUGGACGAUCAUACUUAUCCACUGGCCCAAUCAACUGUAUCGCCAUUGAUAUAUACGGGUACUGCCCCAGCUGCGUCUUCUGAUGAUGGCUAUUAUUAUGCCAAAACCAAAGAUGGUGCGAUUGUCGAGCACGAGUAUAAGGCACGCUCGACUAUUUACGACGGCGCUACUCCAUACCAAUUUUACAAUCGUUCACAAGAUCACUGGAAUGUCACUCCGUUGCCCGCAGUUGUAGAUCCACUUUUACCGAUUCAUCGAAUCGACAGCAAUUUACAUAUCUUUGGCGAAAUUCCCACCAUCCAAAUCACCGGAAACCAGACAGACAUAGACUAUAUGCACACCAACAUCUUUGAGGAUUAUCAACUGAUGACAGACGUGGUUUAUAUCAGAGAAAACGAAAUACAGAGGUUUAACGGCGUUGAAUUUGAGCUAGCCGGUAAAGCUGCACGCGUCAAUCCCAAAGUUAGCUACAACAUCAAGAUCCCUAAGGGCGGUGAUACGCUAUACGGAUAUCGUCGAAUCAAGUUACGUUCUCUUUCCAGCGAUCCGUCAUAUAUCCGUGAAGCCUUGGCGUAUGCUGCAAUUGAAUCUACUGGAUUGGCAUCCAAUCACUUUUCUUAUGCUAUAGUGUUUGUUAACAAUCAAACAGCUGGAUUUCUUGGAUACAUCGAGAAUUACAAGGACCCAUGGUUCCGUAACGAGUUUGGCAACGGGAACAAGGACGAAUACAGUCAAGGAAAAGCGUAUCAAGGAAUUGGAUCAGGCGAUUCUGAAGGUCUGGCACCCAACAAUCAUACAUCUGAUCUAAGCUACUACGGCGAUAAUGUCACGGCUUAUGCAGAUGGACAGUACAAAAUCAAAGAAGAUCCGUCUGAAGGAGAUCCCGAUUAUCGUCCUUUAAUGGAGCUCACCAAGUUUCUUUCAGAAGCACCUAUUGAAUCCGAUGAUGCAGUUAGCCAAUGGGAAGAGCAUUUUGGCAUGGACAGCGUACUGCGAAGCAUGGCGCUGGAAGUGCUUCUUGGCUAUUCAGAUGGAUACAUCGCAAUGCAGAUCUCGAUCUCACAUUUGGAAGUACGCUUGUCAAACUAUCCGAUAUGUUUAAGCGGUGACUAUCGCGAUUUCCCAGCUAUAGGCAUUCGGCCACUGACAAGUCAAUUCCUGCGUGUGCCUGAAUUCAAAGAACCUUUCGAGAUUUUGCUGAAGAACCUUGCCAGAACUCUUGUAAGCCUUGAUGUCAUGGAACCAUUCAUCGACGAUACGGUUGCCAUGGUGCGCGAGGACGUCGAAUGGGAUCAUACGCUUGCACCCUUGAGUCUUUUCAAUUUUAGCUCCCUUGCUGACGGUCAGCUCACAGACGAUAUCAAUAUUGGGAUCAAUGACUGGCCCUGGCCUGUAGACAACGAAACAGUGUACGAUAUGUUCUACGUUAGACACAUGCUUGAUAUAACGUUCGGCAAAGCAGUGACUGGUCCAAUAGGGACGAUCUCACUGUGUGGUGUUAAGGAGUUUGUGGCAAAACAAAGUCGUGCGACAACAAAGUUUUUCGAAACUCACGUUGAUUAA